AUCGCACACGUGUGUAUAUGCAGGAAGAGAGAGCCCGCGAAGAAUACUACGAUUCAUUGGUUUGGAAAGCAAGGGUGGGGGAGAGAAAUUAGCUUCUUUCUUGUUUUGGGUAUAUGAGGACGACUCGUUUUUCAUCUUUUUCUACAUGCCCCUCUUCCUUUUCUUUUAACUUUUGCUUUUCUUUAAGGAUUUUUCCCUGACCCUUUUCAUGGAUCACAAAAAGGGUGCAUUGGACAAAGACUUCUUCACCGAGUAUGGAGAGGCAAACAGAUAUAAUCUUCAAGAAGUUGUAGGCAAAGGUAGUUAUGGUGUUGUUGGUGCUGCAACUGAUACCCAUACCGGGGAAAAGGUAGCAAUUAAGAAGAUCCUUGAUGUCUUUGAGCAUGUCUCUGAUGCCACUAGAAUUUUACGGGAGAUUAAGCUGCUUCGACUGCUCAAACAUCCAGAUAUUGUAGAAAUAAAGCAUAUUAUGCUGCCUCCUUCUCGUAGAGAGUUCAAGGACAUCUAUGUUGUUUUUGAAUUGAUGGAGUCUGAUCUUCAUCAAGUAAUCAAGGCAAAUGAUGAUCUUACACCUGAGCAUUAUCAGUUUUUCCUGUACCAACUUCUACGUGGCCUGAAGUAUAUACACACAGCCAAUGUGUUUCAUCGUGAUUUAAAGCCAAAGAAUAUCCUUGCUAAUGCUGACUGUAAGUUGAAGAUUUGUGAUUUUGGGCUUGCUCGUGUUUCAUUUAAUGACGCUCCAUCUGCUAUAUUCUGGACGGACUAUGUCGCAACUCGAUGGUAUCGUGCUCCAGAACUCUGUGGGUCUUUCUUCUCCAAGUAUACUCCUGCAAUAGACAUGUGGAGCAUUGGAUGCAUAUUUGCUGAGUUGCUUAAUGGAAAGCCGUUGUUUCCUGGCAAAAAUGUUGUACAUCAACUGGAUCUCAUGACUGAUUUGCUUGGCACUCCUCCCCCUGAAUCGAUUGCAAGGAUUCGUAAUGAAAAGGCUAGAAGAUAUUUGAGUAGUAUGCGCAAAAAACAGCCAGUUCCAUUUACACAGAAGUUCCCUAAUGUAGAUGCUUCAGCACUUCGGCUGCUAGAACGCUUAAUUGCCUUUGAUCCCAAAGAUCGACCAUCUGCUGAAGAGGCACUAGCAGAUCCUUACUUUCAGGGUUUGGCCAAUGUUGACAGAGAACCAUCUACUCGACCUAUAUCAAAACUGGAGUUUGAGUUUGAACGGAGGAAGUUGGCAAAAGAUGAUGUGAGAGAGCUUAUCUAUAGAGAGAUUCUGGAGUACCACCCACAAAUGCUUAAGGAGUAUCUUCGUGGUGGUGAACAGACUAAUUUCAUGUACCCAAGUGGUGUUGACCGGUUUAAGAGGCAGUUUGCUCAUCUUGAAGAUAAUCAUGGCAAAGGGGAUGGAAAAACUCCACUCUUGAGGCAGCAUGCUUCUUUGCCUAGGGAGAGAGUUUCUGCACCCAAAGAUGAAAAUAACACUGAAAAUAAUGAUCAAUCUGGGGAUUCAAACACACAGAAUAAGUCACACCAGAGCGACCAUAGCUUGUUAAAGAGUGCCAGUAUUAGUGGCUCGAAGUGUAUUGGAGUUCAACAAAGAACAGAUACAGCAGAAGAAGCAAUUGCCGAGCAAUCUGAGGAUGCUGAUGGAUUGUCGCAAAAAGUUGCACAAGUUGUAUUAUAAUGCUAAGCUCUCAGAUAACCGCUAACCUCAGUUUCCCUCCAUUUCGCACAAUCAUUAGUCAUCACUGGAGGUUUAGAAUGACCGAAACAUACAUAUCCGUGAAGCAGCGAGAAUUUGUAUAUAUAAAUUGUGUCAGAAGAGUUUAGUCUAGAAGUAUCAAUGCCCAGCGGCCAGCAUCUUGUUUCAGGUUUAAAAAUCAACUCCAGGGACAGCUAUUGCUAUAUAUAUUAAUUAUUUUGUGUUCAGUUUACAAGUAAUAGGAAUUAAUAUUUACUUCACUUGUUAAUGUAUGUACUGGAGAAGCUAAAAUUAUAUUUUGCAAGUCAUGAUCUUUUGUCUA